UCCAUAUAACCUGUCUUAUAAUAUCACUAAAGUGCGAAAGCAAAUAUAAGUUUCAACAGUAUUUUAAAUGAAAAGCUUUCUAUAAUCGUUGAAAUUGUGACUGAAAGCUUGAUUAUAACCAGUAUUCAAGUAAUAAACAAUAUCACUUGAUUUAUACAUGUGGCUAUGAAGCUGUUUAAGCCAAUAUCAGUAUUGCGACAUGGCCGAAAACGCAGGGUGUCACGAGGAGUCAGCACAUGGUCCCCGCUGGCCACUGCCUUCAACACAAGACCAAACUCUCAGCCUAUCUUUGAUACUUUGAGGGAAAGAACAGGACUUUUUAACAAACCAGAACUAACAAGUUUUGAAGGUUUCUAUACAUUGAAGGAUCAGGCUAUUGCAUCAACGGACAGAUUGAUAGAGGAAGCAAUAUCUGGUCCCACGAGGCCUAUGGUGGAAGUGUUUGAUGAGCUGUCGGAUACAUUAUGCAAAGUAGCAGAUUUAGCUGAGUUUGUGAGGAUUGCUCAUCCACAACCGCACUUUGCGAGUGCUGCUGAAGACGCUUGUAUCAGUAUCAGUGGAGUUGUGGAAAAAUUAAACACGCACAAGGGUUUAUAUGAAGCGUUGCGUGAUUCAGUCAGACGUGGAACAUCUGGUGAUCAGCAUUUAGCCGAAUUGUUUUUAUUUGACUUUGAACAGAGUGGAAUACAGCUGGAGGAUGAGCCUCGCAAGCGAGUGGUGGCGCUCAACGACCUCAUACUGCAAACAGGGCAGCGCUUCAUGGCUGGUGCCGCUAAGCCACGACGUGUACCCAGAUCUGCUGUUCCGCAGAAUGUCAGGCAGUUUUUCAGCAGCGAAGGUGACAGUGUGAUUGUGAGUGGGGUGUAUGCGGAGUGCGGCGAAGCAGCAGCUCGUGAGGCUGCUUACCGCUUGUAUCUGGCGCCUGAGCCCUCGCAGGACCGUCUGUUGCACACCACAUUGACUGCCAGACAUGAGAUGGCCACUAUAUGCGGCUUCCAGAGCUAUGCGGACAGAGCAAUUAAAGCAAGUAUAAUGGAAAAUGCGGCUAAUGUACGUGAAUUCCUUGACAUACUGUCUGACAACUUGUAUGACAGAGCAAAGAUGGAUUUUGAUACUAUGUUAAGUAUGAAGAAGAAGGAAACUCCAUACCAAGACUCUCUGAUGUGUUGGGACACGCCAUACUACACUCACAAGGCGAAGACACAACUCCUCAAUGUAGCUAACUCGGAUUUCAGUCCAUAUUUCUCGCUGGGUGGAUGUAUGGAAGGGUUGAAUAUGCUAUGUCAAGAAUUGUAUGGGAUCACAUUGAAAUCUGAAGAGAUGCUGCCAGGCGAGUCGUGGUCCCCGGACGUAUACAAGCUGGCGGUGGUGCACGAGUCCGAGGGUCUGCUGGGGUACAUAUACUGUGACCUGUAUGAGAGGCCCGGCAAACCACACCAGGACUGCCACUUCACCAUACAAGGUGGAAAACUGCUGCCAGACGGCACUUACCAGAACCCAAUAGUGGUAAUAAUGUUAUCACUGAGCGGCGGACACCGGUGCGGGCCGGCGCUGCUGAGUGCGGGCGCUGUGGACAACCUGUUCCAUGAGGCGGGCCACGCGCUGCACUCCAUGCUGGGCAGGGCUCCGCACCAGCACGUGGCCGGCACGCGCUGCGCCACAGACCUCGCCGAGCUGCCCAGUGUACUGCUGGAGCACUUCGCCUCAGAGCCGCAGGUGGUGCGCCGCUUCGCACGUCACUUCCAAACCAGGGAGCCCAUGCCCGAGGACAUGCUGCAGCGGCUCUGCGCCUCCAAACAUCUGUUCGGCGCCAGCGAGAUGCAGCUGCAGGUAUUUUAUUCAGCACUAGACCAGAAGUAUCACGGUCCGGAGGCGGCGCUCGGUCGCUCCACAACAGACGUACUCAAACAAGUACAGAAACAGUACUACGGCUUGCCUUAUGUAGAAAACACGGCGUGGCAACAUCGCUUCAGCCAUCUGGUAGGUUACGGGGCGAAGUACUACUCGUACUUGAUCUCGCGCGCGGCGGCCUGGGGCGCCUGGAGCUCACAGUUUGCUUCACAACCGCUCAACAGGCGCGCCGGUGACGCCUUCCGACAUGGCGUGCUGAGACAUGGCGGGGCGAAGCCUCCACAAAAACUUCUACGAGACUACUUAGGAAUGGAGAUCACACCGAAAGCGCUUGCCACAGCACUGACAGAUGAACUCGACCACCACAAAGAUAACUUGGACAGGGUGUUCAGAAUAUCUGAGAAAUAAAUAUUCCUUCAUUUUCUGUCUAAUGGAAUAUAUAAACAUCAUGUAUAUAGAUGAAGAUUUUUAGACAUUUUUCAUUGUACAUGUACAUUUC